CAAUGUUGAAAUACAUUCCUUAUGGUACUGGAUUUUUUUUUGGUUUGGGUAUGCCCAUGGCGGUGCGUACACAUGGGAUAAUUAUGACCCAUUGUGGUGCGUACACAUAGACAGUAAUAUUACCAAGCCAUGAAGAGAAUGUGCAUAUCGCGAGUUUUUUUACACGGUGAACCGGCAGACAGAGGAAUUCUUGUUUUUAUUUCAUAUUAAUCAGCAUUUAUUUGCGUAGGUUGUGUUAUAAUAUACCGUAUAAUAUAUACCGUGUUUGAAAAUAAUUUAUACGGGAGCGGUAAUUACGCUUUUUACUCUAGCGACACUGAAUUUAGUCUCUGACCACGUUCAGAAACACGCCAAUGUUUACGUUUUCGGUCAAAUUCAUGUGCAAGUUUAUUUAGUAAAUUUGUCACUCAGCGCACGUUUUCUCAUUAAUUUUAUUACUACAACAUUAUUUUUAUUGUGUAACGAGGAAAAUAUAUAUAUUGAAACAUUUACUUGUAUAUUAUUUUCCCCAUGGACAUUAUUUAUGUUACGGAAUAUUUAUUGUGUUUGGUACGGAACGGUUAGAUAUUCGGUAUGACAGACCGACGGAUCGAUUGGUCGUGUCGUGUAGAGAAUAUUUAAGAUAGAGUGAAGUUUAGAAAUUAGUCUAUGGUUUGGUUAUGGUUUAUUAGUUUUGUAAGUUUACCCGUUUUUGUGUAUUGUGAUUUGUGAUAAAAGUUUGAUAUAGAAGUAAAAACGAAUAAAAGUGUGCAAUUACUUAAUUAAGGAGUGCCAAAGAGUGGAAGUGGACUGCUAUAUAAACCGUUAUUAGCAUCAAGCACAAUGCAAGAUUCACAGAAGAUUUAAAAAUAAAGUAUAUCGGUAGCACGCAUUGCGUUCAAAAUGGACUUUCUGCUUUCCACAUUACAAUUGCGCCUAGAAAGGCUAGCGGAAGCGUUAAAGGGAGCCGCCGAGGCCCUUAACAGCAUUGAGACUGGUGUUGCAAAGGACAGGGUAAUUGCCAUAAGAAUUAACGUUAAGAAUAGAUUGUCAUCGCUCACAUCAGAUUUAGACAGAUAUUUGUCUGGGGCGACGGACAUAAAAGAAGAUUUCUGCAAUGAAUGCCGGGAUAUGCAAAUAAAAGCCGAGGACACCCUGACCGAACUAGAAGUCGCGGUAAAAUUAUAGUGCCAUGAAGUAGAAAAUGGUCAUAGAACGCGUCUACCUAAAUUAGAGCUAGGGAAAUAUAAUGGUGACAUCCUAAAAUGGAACACUUUUUGGGAUAAAUUCGCGGCUAAUGUUGAUAGUAAGGACAUUGCCAACGUUGAAAAGCUUUCAUACUUACUAGCCUCAUUAGAGGGACCAGCCCUACAAGCAGUUGAGGGUCUGGAAACGACUAACAUGAAUUACCCGAUUGCGGUAGACAUUCUCAAUAGCCGCUUUGGUAAACCUACAAAGGUCAUUGAUGCUCACAACGAUGCUUUGCAAAAUCUUGCUGUGGCGAAGGAUUCACCCGAAGAUUGUAGGCGCACUCUGAAUAUCAUAGAGAAGCACCUGAGGGUAUUAGAGGCUUUAGGGGAGAAAGUGGAUGCUAGUUACCUUAGAGUUAUCAUACUUAAUAAAUUUCCAUCAAGAGUGGUAUACCAAGUGUGGCUUUCGUCAACCGAUGAUUCCUUUGCUGCAAUCCGGAAGGCUUUGGAUGCCGUAAUAACAGCUAUGGAGAGUUCAGCUGUUACAAACAUGGAGAGUUCUGUGGUUCCAGUAAAGUCCAGUGACAUAACGGAGAUGAGUACACCGGCUUCUACAGCAACACUACAAAUUGGAGCUGUAAAGAAAAGGAAAUGGCAACAGAAAAGGGAAGCAAUUUCAACUCAACCUAACCGGAAACGCCCUAAGAGAAUGUGCAUAUUUUGCAAUGAAGAACAUUACAGCGAGGAUUGUACCAAAUUUAACACAUAUAAGGAGAGGAUUGGGAAGCUUAAAGAUAGGUGUUAUGUGUGCUUCCAAAUAGGACACCGUGCCUCCAAGUGUACCAGAAGGAGGAAAUGUGUACAUUGCUCUAGGAUGCAUAAUAGAGCCCUUUGCCGGCAGAAGGUGCAGAGGGACAGCAGUAACCCAAGUAAAGACAACGGAGGGGAGAAGUCUGAGCAUUAGGCUUUUACUUGAUUGUGGAAGUCAACGAUCUUACAUUACAAAUAGAAUAGCAAAAUUAUUACGAAUCAAACCUGAUGGAGAA